AUGUCUCAACACAAGAUGAGUGAAGACGGCCGCAGCGCCUCCUCUGGCUCUACCACCGAUCAGUCGACACCAGUCCAUAGAGCUCUUCUGUCUAGUUCAGAUGAUGACUUGCACAUUAACAUCUGGGACGACCUCGCUACGCAGGUCCAGUUCUUCGUCAAGCUGAUUUUCCCACCCAAAUGCAGUUGGAACCUUGUGGGAGAUGACAUCAAGGCUCAACUGCUGGCCAUCUCUCCAAGGGCCGCAGACUUGUGUGAGGACCCAGAGUACAAAGGCUGCUGGUUGAUUUUCGAAGCCUGGAUCUGGCGCAUACUCUAUGAGAAUCUGUUCUCUCUGAAAUGCAGGGACAAAUGGUCUAGUUCGGAAUGGACUACUUUCGGGUGCCUUCGAGAAUUUCUGGACGAACACAUAGAAAACGAAAGCAACCCGAAGACAGAUGCCUAUCACGCCGGCCGGCACAACAUGGCUCGGGCCAUCUACUUGCGCCAAGGUUCACACACAUGCCCCGACCGUCUCAGACUAAUUAUCAUGGAAGCCAUUCAACCCAUCGCAAUUUAUCGCUACCAUCCAGAUAAUCCUGUAUCAUCGCCGAAUCUCGUGCCAGGAUACAAGACGCGGACGACUAGGGGACCUUUCGAAGAUGCCCUCUCUGAGAUGGUAAGGCUUGCCAUCGAAGCCGACUUCAACAUUGUAGUAUCGCAACACGAUAUCCGGAUCGAGAUGGAUGAUCCAGGGACUGGAAAUAAUCAUGGAUAUGACUCCAGACCCAGACCAUCUAUGGAGACACAUGUGCCUUCCGACAAUGAACACAAUGGUAUUUCCAUUGUUCGGCCGAUGCUGCGCACGUAUGGGCAGGUCCAGCGGACAACACCAAUGGAGGAGUUGGUCGACUUUUCCGGGUUUCAUGACCAGGGCCAGUCUACCGAGGAGUUUGAGCCCGAUCAGGAAUUCGGAGAUGCGGUAUUACGGGAGGGCAUCUGUGAUUUUACAUGCACCCUUGCAGCACGCCCGAAGAGGACAUGA